GACCAGCCUCAGUGACAUCAGGAUCUGAAAGGCGAUAUUAAUGUAAAGGAUCGAUACGUGCCGAUUUUAUCCCAGCGGCGAGCCAGAGUAAAGAAAGAAUUGCAGUUUGGCAUAGUCUUGGUUGAAUCGGCGGUUGAUGAGCAACUCUCCACCUAAGCAUCUCUCUCGCCCAUAUCAUGUUGUUUAUCCCUAUUCUAGGGUUGUUGCUGGCCACUAUAACAUCGGCAUUUCCAGAAGGUGGCUCCAAAGACUCACAACAUGCGCUCUUCUACAAGGGCCACGACUUGAGCUCACUCAAAUUACUGGAAGACGCCGGCACAUUCUCCUACGUUGAUACAGCCAAGAAUAAUGCAACCCGUCCAGCCUAUGACAUUCUGGAAGACGGCGGGAUGAACAGUGUCCGGCUUCGCAUUUGGGUCAACCCACCAGACGGGGUGUAUGGACUUCAGUACACGUUGGAGCUGGCGAAACGUUUCCAAAAGAAGGGAUAUCACAUCUACCUCGACUUCCACUUUGCCGAUGGCUGGGCUGACCCUCAGAAACAACCGAUACCUGCAGCGUGGCCAACUGACCUCAAACCACUCUCGGCAACUUUACGCAAAUACGUCAAGAACACCCUGCUGGCUUUCCAACGAGCACAUGUCAAACUCGACAUCGUCUCGCUUGGAAAUGAGAUUCGACAUGGCAUGCUCUGGCCCACGGCAUAUGUCGAUGUUGACGUCCAGCCAUAUCCAGCUUUGGUCAAGAAUUUCACGAACCUCGCGACUCUGUACAAGGCAGCUCGGUCUGGGGUAGAUGAUGCCAUUAAAGCCGGUGCACAUAAACCCCAGGUCAUGAUCCACCUGGACAACGGCUGGAACACGACUUUUCAGACCCGGUGGUACUCGGCAUUAAUCGACAACGGGGUUAAAAAGUCAGCUUUCGAUGUCGUUGGAGUCAGCUUUUAUCCGUUUUACGGUACUUCAGCCACGUUUGAGAAUCUGCGUAGCAGUCUCAACACGCUGGUCAAGAAGUACGGAAAGCCGGUCCAAGUCGUGGAGACGGACUACCCGGCAAUCUGCGACGGUCAGUGGAAUCCGAUUCCCGAGUCAUCAGAGCCAGAGAUCCAAUUCAACGUGAAAGGGCAGAUUGAGUGGAUGGGCAAGGUCAUCGACAUUGUGAAGAAUGUCCCGCGUGGACUUGGCCAAGGAGUCUUUUAUUGGGAGCCAGCUUGGUUAAAUAAUACCUCGCUCGGAAGUAACUGUACGGAUGCGUUACUGUUCGAGCCGGAUUUCAGCAACUGGCCUGAGACGGUUGGGUAUUCUAGGGAGUCUGUAAACUUCUUCAAAUAA